AAUUUAGAUUUAAUUACAAAUAAAAAUUGAUAAAAUUUUGUUUCUCAACAUUUAAUAUAUGAUAUUAUAAUUAGUACCAACAUAAACAGUUGGUACGCCGACGUAAAGUGCGCGAAUGAAAACCGAAUUAACCUCAAAUCACCGUUAAGAAUAUAAGAAAUAAAUUUUAGAAAUUUAAGACGUUAAAUCAGUAAGAAAAACGAUUGUAAUUAGUUGAAUAACAAAAAAAAUGCCACCGAAAUCAAGUAAUAACGUUUCGACCGCAUCAUCAAGUAAUAAAAGGAAGCAAUUAAAACCGAAGAAGAAGCCACCCGCCACAAUAUUCUAUGUGAAAUCUAAGGAGCACAGAGUGCCUACAACGACUAUGAAUUCGAUUAAGUAUCUGCAAAAAUCCACAAAAUUAUUAAUACCAAAGUUACCUUUUGCUCGGGUAGUUCGAGAAAUCUUAUAUGCGCGUUCGGCUGAUGUGAAUCAAAUGCAACAACUAGCCCUCGCAGCCCUACAAGAAUCCUGCGAGCUUUAUCUUACCCAUUUAUUUGAAGAUGCUAACAUGUUAGCAAUGCACGCAAAUCGAAUCACACUCUCGGCAGAUGAUAUGGACUUGGCUCUCCAACUCCGUGAUAGAAAAUCAUGAAGAAUUUUAUUAGACGUUGAGAUCUUAGUACGUAUAAGAUAAAUUGUUUUUAUUUUUUUAAGAAAAUGUUAUAAAAGAAGUCAUAUAAGACAAAAAAACCUUAUUUUUUGUAA